UUAUUAAUUUUAUUUUCCCCUCAAACCUGUGCCUGAAAGUCAGGGAUUUUGGCGGGUUGUGACCCCGGGGAAUUGAAAUUGUCUUGCCAGUUGGGAAGGCAGGCAAGAGUAAACAUGGUGGCAGUGUGCAUUGCAAUUUUAAAGGGACUUGCUACUCAUAAAGAAGGAAGUAAGCUUUACCAUCUGGAUUGGUAGUUGGUUGUUUAAUUAUAGCAUGGGCAUGCGUAAUGGUAUGGGUAUUUUACUUUGAAGUUACAAAUUGAUUAACUAAUUUGUUUGAGAUAAGUUAUAGAAGAUGCAAAAUUGGGGGAUUUAGGCCAAGUUUGGCAUUCUCAAAAAAAGUCAAAAAGUCACUAUUCUAUUUAAGUCACAUCAUCUUAUUUAAGUCACAUCACCUCUCUAUCACAUCACUUCAAACUCAACCCAUAUUUCAUAAAAAGUCAGAAAGUACACUUAUUUAGGACAUCCUAAACAACCUCUUAGUCUCUUGGAUGUAAUUUUUUCAAAGCCUUUAUACUCAAUUAUAUUCACUUAAAAGAAAAUAAGGAGGAAAAAGAGAACUAUAAAAUUUCGUCCAUGUAGUAAUAGAGAUGACAUGGAGAGAAAAAGGGGAAGGAAAUUGGUGGGUUUCUCCCUCUAAACCUUUUAAGAGCCUUUAGUGGAUAUAUGUUUUUGAACUCAUUUGCUCAUUAUGAAGCUAGUGAGUGGUGGUUCUUUUCAUUAUUGUACUUGGAAUUUCAUGUGACGUGUGCAACAAAUUAAAUCUGCUUACUACAUAGGUGCACACAUGCAAUAAAAAAAAAUCCAAUUGUUAAAUCUAUUGGGAACUUGUUCAGAAAGGGGACCUUUAAUUUGUUUUAUACAUGCAUAUAUUGUUUGAUUUGUUUGUAUAUAGCUAAUAUGUGAGGAUGUUUUAUAUGAUGUUGUCCAUUAAACAUUGUACUUUCUAGUAACACUAAUAUUCCCAUUUCAGUAAGAAAAUAAGGUUGUGAUUUGUGAUCCUGUGCGUGAGUGGUUUCUUUUACAAUCCUCCAUUUGGUUAAUGGAUGACCCACGCAACAAUUUGUAAUUUUCUUUGCUUUCUAUGAUAGUGGAACUAGCUGUUGACUCCCAAUCUUCUUUUUGUUAUGCUGAUGUGUACAGUCAUACAAAGACAAGUUUUUGAAUUUGGUUCAAGGUGCUUAUUUAAUCAUUAGGAGCGUGAUUAGAGCAUACUCUAAGCAAAUGAUCAACUCUGGUGUAGUGACUUAAUUGAUGUUUUGCUGAUAGUAUGAUUAUAUUGUGCCGUGCAAUGUUUUGUUAUAUAAUUUGACACUAUUUUGUAAUUUUAUUUUAGCAUAUGUUGGAUGCCAUUUAUGCAUAAUGUGUGCAUUAAGUGGUGCUGUUCUUAGUGGAUCACAAUUUAAGUUAGCUGAUUAUAAUGUUUAUCAUGGUAUCACUGCACAUGGGGAAGGAAGGGAAGGAAGUUAUUCAUUGAUUGUGAUCAGGUCGGUGUCUUGGUUGACAUGUCUAUCAUGUUCUGCUGUGGAUAUUUUUGAUAAUUUGUGCCAAUGGCGGUUGAUCAGAGGAAGAAACGAUUGACCACUGCCAGCGUUACUAGUUUUCAAGAGAAGAGCAGAGAAAAAAGAAAGAAAUUUGGGUUGCUACAAUGUGAUUUAAAUGUGAGAUCCAAUAUUUCUCUCAAGUGGGAUGACAAGAGGAAGAGUGUUGUUGCCAAGAGGGAGCAAAUUAGCUUAAAAUGGAGAGACUUGAUUCCAUUCAUUGAUUAUGUUCCUCAUUGCCACAAUAUAUUGGCAGAUGUUCUUGUUGUUCCUCAUGAAAUUUUUGAGUUGGACAAUUUAAAAGAGGUGCUCUCUUACGAGGUUUGGAAGACUCAUUUAUCUGAAAAUGAGAGACAUUAUCUUAUGCAGUUUCUUCCUAUGGGAGCUGAGAUGCAUCAAGUUGUCCAAGAAUUGUUUGCGGGGGAUAACUUUCACUUUGGAAAUCCUUUUAUCAAAUGGCAAGUGUUGAUAUUUGGUAUUUUUGAGUGGAAAAUAUAUGGCUUAAUUUUGUCAGUUUUUAAAAAAAAAUCAUGAAACUGAUCCAAUUGGAGGAAAUAGAUCCAUGUAACUGAUCCCAAGUAGUUGGGACAAAAAGCUUGUUGAGUUGAGAAUUUUUUAUUUUUUUGGCGCGUACAGUUGGCCCUUUAGUGGUUGUGGGCCAGUGGGCCAGUGAUCCGAUCCUAGACCUGUUCAAAAUUCACUUGUUAAUAUAAUGACUUUGAUA